GAUGGUUGUGGUGUCAUGGAUGAGUCUGCGUUGGAGCGUUACUUUGAAGACUCCAUUGCCAAUGACUCCAGUUUUAUGUUGGGGGAGGAGCUUGGUCUUCAAAGCCCCGCCCACCAGGUGCAAGCCCCCACCUCAUCCGUUCAGGACUCUUCCUUUUUGUCAGUGAAAUCUGGAGCGAGCGGUGAAGCCGGGGACGAGCUGGACCUCAGCUUCCUCCCCGAUGAGCUCAGUACACAGGAUGAACCGAGUCACGGCAAUUCAGCUCUGGACGUGUCUCUGGACAGCGGCGUCAGUGUGGACUACAACUCCCAGGAAUUCACAGCCACCGAGGCCCAGCAGGAGGCAUCCACAUCAGGGCCGGGGACCGGGUCCUCCCCCUUCUAUCCCAUGACUCCCAUGACCCCUAUGACCCCCAUGACCCCUGUGACAGAGAGGUCAGGAAUCAUCCCGCAGUUACACAGGAACAUCGUCUCCACUGUGAACCUGGGCUGUCCUCUGGAUCUGAAGUUCAUCGCUCUGCAGGCGAGAAAUGCCGAGUACAACCCAAAGCGCUUUGCAGCGGUCAUCAUGAGGAUCCGUGAGCCGCGAACAACAGCUCUGAUCUUCAGCUCAGGGAAGAUGGUGUGUACAGGAGCCAAGAGUCUCUGUCGUGUGUGUCUGAGCAUGUGCAGUGAGGAGCAGUCGCGGCUGGCAGCCCGAAAAUAUGCCCGGGUGGUGCAAAAACUCGGCUUCCCGGCUCGCUUCCUGGAGUUUAAGAUCCAGAAUAUGGUGGCCAGCUGUGAUGUGUGCUUCCCCAUCAGACUGGAAGGACUGGUUCUGACCCACCAGCAGUUCAGCAGUUAUGAGCCGGAGUUGUUUCCGGGCCUGAUCUACCGGAUGGUGAAACCUCGAAUUGUCCUGCUCAUCUUUGUGUCUGGGAAGGUGGUUCUGACGGGAGCUAAAGAGCGAGCUGAGAUCUACGAAGCAUUUGAGAAUAUUUAUCCAAUCCUGAAAGGCUUCAGGAAGCAGUGAGGACUCUGAGCACUUCCUGUUUGUUCCUGUCUGGUUUAAAAUUUUGGGGAAAUUCAGUUUCAUUUGAGUCGCACUGGAGAGU